CGCUUUCCCGGAACUCUAAAACACCAGACGCCCUUUCCUCCUGAUCUUUUCUCGCUGUACGGAAGUUGAUGUCGCCGUGGGCCAAUUGAUUGUUUAGAAUGUCGAUAUUAACACCAUGGAGGGAAAUGCUGCUUUUCCCUCGGCAACUAAGCCGGCAGUGCAUCCGCACACGACCACUGCGGCCCCGCUGCCGUGACCCCGGCCACCCCGGCCUCCCUGGCUGCGCCGCUCGCCGGACGGUCGCGACGUUCAACGCUCCACACCACGCCAGCGCCAUAUCCGUCAUCAAGAGCAAUGUCGACCCCAGCUCGGACGAGUUCAAGGAGAACGAGCGGCUCAUGGGCGAGGCCAUGGCCCGCCUCGAUGAGCUGACCCGCAGGGUACAGCAGGGCGGGCCCGCAAAAGCACGAGAGAAGCAUCUGGCGCGCAAGAAGAUGCUGCCGCGGGACCGCGUGACUGCCUUGAUCGACCCGGGCACAACUUUUCUUGAGCUGUCGCCGCUAGCCGGCCACGAGCUGUACCCGGAGGCCGAGGUGCCUGCAGGCGGCAUCAUCACCGGCGUCGGUGUGGUCGAGGGCGUCACUUGCAUGAUUGUCGCCAACGACAGUACCGUCAAGGGCGGGACGUACUACCCCAUCACGGUGAAGAAACACCUCAGGGCGCAGGCCGUCGCACAGGAGAACAAGCUCCCCUGCAUCUACCUAGUCGAUUCGGGCGGUGCGAACCUGCCACACCAGGCCGACGUCUUCCCCGACCGCGAACACUUCGGCCGCAUCUUCUUCAACCAGGCUCGCAUGUCCGCUGCAGGGAUACCGCAAAUCUCGGUGGUUAUGGGCCCCUGCACGGCCGGCGGCGCAUACGUCCCCGCCAUGAGUGACGAGAGCAUCAUUGUGCAGGAGCAGGGGCACAUCUUCCUGGCCGGGCCGCCGCUUGUCAAGGCGGCCACCGGUGAGGUCGUCAGCCCCGAGGACCUUGGCGGCGGCAAGAUGCAUUCGUCCGUGUCGGGCGUGACAGACUACCUCGCGGUGGACGAUGCGCACGCCAUCGUGCUGGCGAGGCGGUCUAUUAGCAAUCUGAACUGGCCAUCAGGCGCCGCCUCCUCAACCCCGGCCUUCUCGGAACCCCUCUACGAUCCCUCGGAACUGCUCGGGAUUGCCUCCACCAACCUCCGCAAGCCCCUGCCCAUUCACGAGGUCAUCGCCCGCAUCGUCGACGGCUCCGCCUUCGCCGAGUUCAAGCGCGACUACGGCACGACGCUGGUGACGGGCUUCGCCAGCAUCUACGGCCACCGCGUCGGCAUCGUCGCGAACAACGGCAUCCUCUUCAGCAGCUCGGCGCUCAAGGGCGCGCACUUCAUCGAGCUCUGCGCCCAGCGCGGCAUCCCGCUCGUCUUCCUGCAGAACAUCAGCGGCUUCAUGGUCGGCAGGGACGCCGAGCGCGAGGGCAUCGCCAAGAACGGCGCGAAGCUGGUCACGGCCGUCGCCUGCGCCGACGUGCCCAAGUUCACCGUCGUCGUCGGCGGCAGCUACGGCGCCGGCAACUACGGCAUGUGCGGCCGCGCCUACUCGCCCCGCUUCCUCUGGAUGUGGCCGAACGCGCGCAUCGGCGUCAUGGGCGGCGAGCAGCUGGCCAGCGUCAUGGAGACCGUCGGCCAGAAGGUCGACACCGGCCUGAAGGAGCGGAUUGAGCGCGAGAGCGACGCCGUGUUCUCUUCGGCCCGCCUGUGGGACGAUGGGGUUAUCCCGCCAGCACAGACGCGGCAGUACCUGGGUCUCGGCCUCAACGCGGCGUUGGGCGGCCGGAAUGCCGUUGCCCCUGGGCAGACCAAGUUUGGCGUUUUCAGGAUGUAAAACAUAGAGAGCGUGUGUAUGCAUUUCCUUCUCGAGGAAUCGCUUGGAGUGUCGCUUCGCAUCGUAGAAUGCCCAUGUCACGUAUUCAUCUCCGUGGCCCUCUUGAAACCAUGCCUUUUCUACGACGUACUUGGACGGUCCUCAGCGGCGCCUCCGGUAACUUCUCCGAGUGGAGAUAAUUAC